AUGGGCUGCGAUUGUGAAGGGCUCCACCCUGUGCAGAGGGAGGGACUUGAAGCUGGGGAAGUCGUCAUUGCGUUUGAAGAUCUGUUGGGUGAGAUGUUGGUCGACUUGCUUCACAAACGAGAUUUGGGAAGAGCCUCCAAUCAGCUCGACCUCGGCAAUAUUCCUAAAGAUUCUGGAGUCUUGGAGCAGAGCGCUGAGGAGAUUUCGGAUUCUCUGGAACAAGGGCUCGGUCAUUUGUUAGAAUUCUGCUCUAAAGAAGGGAAAAUAAGGAAAAAAAUUAUCCAUGGUUAA